AUGUCUAAUUCUCUAUCUUCUUCUAAUUCUAUUACUCUUACUGAAAAUGAUCCCAGAUACACAAUUGAUAUAAAUAAAAUGUCUAAUAUAAAUGCUCCUAACAAACAAAUACUAAUGCACUGUAAAGGAUUACGAUAUUCAAAAAGAUUUAACA